AUGUCCGGCGCCGACGCCCCCGAGAUUCUGGCCGCAUACGACGCGGUGCGGUCCGACAAGGACGAGACCAACUGGCUGCUCAUCUCGUACGCGGCGGCGACGGGCAACCAGCUGGUGCUGAGCAAGACGGGCACGGGCGGACUGGCCGAGUUAGUGGACGAGCUGGACGACGGGCAGGUGCAGUACGCCUACGUGCGCGUCGAGUACGCCAACGACGCCGAGAGCAAGCGCGUCAAGUUUGCUUUGAUCGUCUGGAUCGGCCAGGGCACAAAGGUCAUGCGCAAGGCCCGCGUCAGCAUCGAGGCCGGCGCCGUCAAGAAGGUGCUGUCGCACUUUAGCGUCCAGGUGGACGCCGACGACAAGCGGGAUCUCAGCGAGGCCGAUAUUGUCGCCAGGUUACGCAAAGCCGGCGGCGCCGACUACAAUGGCGGGAGGGGGUGA